AGAAAGGAACACCAAACAUUUUUUGAAUGUUAAUGGCGGGAAAUAACUUUUAGUCAUUGUUGUCUAAAGCACGCCAUUUACUAGCGCAUUAGCAGGAUUUAAAAGAGUUAGUAGGGUAAAACACUUUGAAAAAUUGGUCUUCGCCAUAGCUUCGUAAAAAGCGAGGAAUGGCGUCGCAGUUUUCGCUUUCUGAGGAAGGUUUAGCUGUUAAAAGUGGCCGGGAACACAUUUUUCCCAGUAACUGUUUGAAAAGGAAACUUGAAGUAAGCGGUUUGAAUGAAUUUUCUUCAGUGGGUGACCACGAUAUGUCAGUCGAGCAGGAACAUAAUCUCAACAGCGAGAAAAGACAGCGGUUUUCAGUUGACUCCAACGGCCAUACAGUCUAUCUCUCGAAUGUCAAGAAGGACGAUAAAAUCAAUUGCCCCAGUUUUGCUCACAAUGGGAACUUAAUGGGAAUCGAUUCUCGGCUUCAAAGUAACAUAGAAUGUAAUACAUCGAUCGGAUGGGAAGGUGUUAGGAUGGACUGUGAAAGCGAAAGAGAAAAUCCCAAUCAAUCAGCUUCUUCUUGUAAAGAUCGUACCACUUCCGUCUGCCCGCCAAAUUUGAACAUCAACAUUGCUGCUGAAGACAUUUCCGUUGAAAUUAGUAGCCGAGAGAGUUCACCAACGAAAGGAUCACCGGCAAGGGAAUUUCUACGGACGUACAGGCCAGAGCACCAAAUGUAUUGUAUCCCAUCCUACUGUCAUCCAGGAGGAUUAUGGGAUGUUAUGCUGGAGGUAUAUCAUGGGCUGUAAAUAUAAACAGACUUCUACAGCCAUGGUAAUUGGAUAAUUGUAAGAUGAUACAUGGACAUAACAUGGAUAAGAAAAACAAAUCGUACUUUGAAGAAUUUUAUAUACACUUACAUUGUUAUUAUGGCAGGUACUACAUGUUUAUUAUAUGAAAAGCUUUGAAGGUUUCUGUGCAAUUUAUUUUUUAGCAAAAAAGGUAUGUAAACACUGAUUUUAUGAAUGUGGCCCUGAAUGUAACUCCUUAAAAUGUGACACAACACGUAUGCAUAUGUGGCAAGGUGUAAGACUGAAAUAGGAGAUGAUUAUAUGGUGACAGGUUUUUAGGAAAGAGUGUGCUAAGUUUGUGAUGUGAUGAAUGUGGACAGUAGAGUAGAGUUUAUCCCAUAAGUUUUGUACGUCCUUAAUUAAUUUACUCAAGACUUAGUUCCCAGAGCCAAAAUUAUUGGAAAUGUGUAGCAGAGAAUGUGGACAAUCUGAUGUUUAAAUCUUAGUGGUGAAAGGUUUAAAGGGCCUAAUGGUUUAACAUGCACACGGUAUUACUCUGAACCAGAAAAUGAAAACAAACCACUGCUAUGGAACAGAUUUGCUCAAUAUUUACUACAAGUACUAAUUAAAAGCAUAAAGACUCUGGCCGAGAACCACAGUACAGAAUUGUGGAGUUUUCUUUCCUGUUUACUCUAUUGGAGAGUAUUAUGUUCUUUCCAUUCUUUUCGUUAGUGGGGCAUAGAGGCUGUAUAUAGACAAUAUACAGUGUAUGGACAGUGUACAUAGCUUGUGUUAGAAUAUACAGGUUCUCUUAUUUGUUUGUGUUCACAUGACACUAUAAAAAGGAAAACAGCCAUAACAACUGAUCUAGGCUGUACUCUGCAAUUUCAGAAACAAGGCUCCACAUGUCUCCAAUGUACAUUGUAUUUUUUGUACCAGACUUUUUUUUUACUUUUUACAAAAUGUUUGCACUCCUUCUACAGUUUCAUUCUGUAUAAACUGUAAAAUAUCUCAAAAGUUUUAGACAUACAGUCAGACAAUGCCUACUGCAAAACUACAAUCUGCCCAGGGCUCUACACUAACAGUAGCUAACUAACCACGGACUGGUAGAAAUUCAGUUUUGGCUAGUGGUUUUCGAUUUCCACAGCUAGUUUGGCAAGUAAACAAACUGAAAAUGUUGUUACAUCUAAGUUGUCACCAGCCACUUGGCUAGUAAGUUGAAAAGUCAGUGUCGAGCCUUGCUGCCCCCUUUCAAAAUUUGUCUGAAUCAAUUGAUUUUGUGCAUUUUUUAUGGUGAAAUUAUUUUUCCAUUUCUAAAUUCUUAUUUUUUAAAUUAUUAUUUUGUUAACAUUUAUAAAAAGGUUUGUAAUGUAGUUGUGACUUAUAAAGUUAACAUACAUUGUUUACUAAUUCUUUCAUGGUGAAAACUCUUGGGUGGUUUUGAUUCUUAUACAAGUUUCUUUUUUUAUCAUACAGACAUUAUACAGGGUAAACUAUUUGCCUCAUUUUGAAACUUAUGUUUUGACACCAUUGUACAUUUUAAAAGUGUCAAUUAAGUUUCCCUGAGCAAAUGUUUAGUAGAAUUAAUUUGCAUUAUAUACAGAUCAUUUAAUAAAGAGUGUGAUGCAUCA